AUGACUCCGCUCUUGGAAUCCUCGACUAACCGGAGUCCUCAGGUGCUGCAGAGAAUGAGGGACAAUUGGCCCCUUGGCAGAGUUGAUCAGCCGGAAGAGACUUCAAUUAUUACUAUGCUAUCUUCGUUCAGCAAUAAUUUCAACUACUUCCAAGCCCCCUACAAACACGUAGAUAUGUGCUCGACCAGGGACCCCUAUAUCCGGAACUCGGCUCUUUUGGGAUCCGAUUAUGAAUCCAAAGACAUCCGAAGACAUCCGACCGACCGACUUCAAUACAGAAUUUCAAGAGCUCCAGCAAUCAUAAGCUCUCUAGCAAAUAUGAGCUCCCCAGCGAACGACUACGCAUCUCGGGAGGGUCUGCAUACUGUUUGCAAAGUGGUGGAAACGAUCGAACAACCCGUAGAGGUAGUUUGGGCCUUGGUGUCUGCCUUUGGAGCCAUCAAAGCUUGGAUGCCCGCCAUCGCAACUUGCAUCGUGCUCAAGGAUCGCCCGCAACCCCCAUCUUAUGGCGCAGUACGCUUAGCCAACGCCUCUGGUUCAGAGCUCGAAGAGAUACUGGAGAUCUGGGACGCCAAAAACCACUUUAUAUCGUACUAA